GUGGGAAAUUUGCAGCAACACUUCAUUACAAUGUAAUUUUGUAGAAGUCAAGAUUCACAAAGUAUCAAACACAUCGUGAAAAAUUGAUUUGCCAAAAAUUUCCCAUCCAUUAUGUUUGGGGGAAUAUUCUAGAAUUGGAAAACUUUUAAAUAUUCUAGAAUGCAAAUGAACCUCAUAGACAUCUUUCUAGCUGCAGUCAUUCAUUACAUGGCAUCGUCAUUAGAAGGUGGCCUAAAUUGCAACAAGACUAAAACUGCAUAGUUAUCUGAAUCAGCUAGAAAAUCAAUUAUUCAUCUACAGUUUUUCUACACAGACAUGUUCGGGAUUUAGAAAAAAUUCAGCUGUGUUAAUUAUAAAGAUUUUGACAGUUGGCGAUACUGUUCGCAGGCGGAAUUCAUUCAUUUUUCGGCCACUCGGCAUCAUUCAGGGCGUCAAAGGAAAAUUUCUGAUCAGGCGGUAAGGAGUUUAGUUCUAAAAGUACAGCAUAAUCCUAGACUGACUCGAUAUGAACUGCAAAAAUACUUGCAGUCAUGUGACACAAAUGAUUGCGAGGAUGCAAUUAGAAGACAGUUCUUCGAAAGAAAGGAUUCCACUCUCGGUCACCAAGAAAAACCCUUCUCAUAAAGGAAAUUCACGUAAGAACCGCCGAAACUUUGCUAGAGAACACGUGAGUAAACCUUCAAACGUUUGAGAUAAAAUAUUAUGAUCAGAUGAGACUAAAAUCGAGUUAUUUGGUCGCAACUGUGUUAGUCGUGUUUGGAAGCAGAAGAACUCUGCGUUUCACCCGAUGAAUACCGUCCCAACAGUGAAGUUUGGAGGUGGCACCAUAAUGCUUUGAAGUUGUUUCUCUUCUGCAGGCCCUGGGGAAUUGGAAAUCCUAGAAGGAAGGAUGAACUCCGAUAUAAGGAUGAAAUCCGAAGGAUAUAGCAUAUGUGUUAAUCUCGUGAAAAAGUAUUCCAAUCGGUUAGAAGCAGUUUUGGCUGCUAAAUGUCAAAUGACGAAGUAUUGAGUAUACUUAUUUAGAAUGCGGUGGAUACGUUUUGAACCUUGACCUCUACAAAAUUGCAACUAUCAAGUCAACAUUUAAUCAUAUGGUUGUUUAAAUUAAUAUGAUAUUUGUAUUUUCCCAUGUAAAUUUACAUUACAAUAGUGUUUGUUUAUGCUAUUUUGUUGAGUAGUAGUAAUUAAGUAGUUUUUCCUUUGUGUCGUAUGCUUUUUGCAUUGACUUUAUCUGUCCUAAUAUUUCACUGGUCCUCCCCAGCGUGCCCCAAAGGUAAAUGGGGCCCUGAGUGCAAGAACGACUGCCCAUGCCCUCACGAGGUGGCGUGUGACCCCCUCAUCGGCGUCUGCUUCUGCCCCGCUGGCUGGACCGGCCAGUUCUGUGAGGUCCAAUGCCCUCAGGACAAAUUUGGCAAGAACUGCAAAGGUCAGUGCAACUGCAGCAGGCGUGGCACGUGUGACCGCGUCUCAGGGGCCUGCCAUUGCUCUCCCGGCUGGCGAGGGUCCUCAUGUGACACUCAAUGUCCAGCGGGGACUUACGGCACCGCCUGCAGCAGCCGGUGUAGGUGCAAGCAUGGAGAAAACUGUGACCCUGUCACUGGCAAAUGUCACUGCUCGUCAGGAUGGACGGAUGACUUGUGCUCCAGCCCAUGUCCCGUUGGGUGGUGGGGGGUCAACUGCUUAGAGACCUGCGACUGCAACAACGGCGCAACGUGUGACCACAUGACCGGCCAGUGCAAGUGCCUUGCUGGCUUCCGUGGUUACAGGUGUAAGAACGAGUGUCCAUUGGGAACGUACGGAGUGGAUUGCACCGAAGCUUGUAAAUGUAAGAACGGAGGCACCUGCUCCCCAAUAUCCGGCCGCUGCACCUGCGCAGAGGGGUGGCUGGGAGAUGACUGCUCCGAGCCUGCCUGCCCUGACAACAAGUUCGGUCCCAACUGUGCCCAGUUGUGCUCAUGUGAAGCUACAGGGACUGAUAGGUGUCACCCGGGGACGGGGGAGUGCUUUUGUAAAAAAGGGUGGGCGGGGGAAACGUGUUCACUUGAGUGCCCUUUCAACAUGUAUGGCAAGAACUGCUCGAGUUCCUGCCAAUGUCUGAACGGUGCUUUCUGCAACCCAGUCGACGGAAGCUGCUCAUGUGCUCCUGGGUAUCACGGACCACUGUGCAAGGACGUGUGCCCGUACAACAGGUACGGCACUCUUUGCGCCCUGGAGUGUAACUGCACCAACGGCAUGGGGUGUCACCCACAGACUGGAGAGUGUGUCUGUCAGCCUGGCUGGAGAGGGCUGCGAUGUGAUGCCACCUGUCCAGACGGGCGGUACGGCCUCAACUGCACCCAGACGUGUGGCUGUCAGCACCCUGGUGCCAGCUGUCACCCGACGACGGGAGUUUGCACGUGUGGACCAGGUUACCACGGCCAAGAAUGUGAAAAGCCGUGUGAGAACGGCAUACAUGGUACGCAAUGCCGUUUCCGUUGUUCCUGCGUCUGGUCAAACACCGAGGGCGGCUGUGAUCCAGAGACGAGCGAGUGCUUCUGCAAACCAGGCUACCGGGGCGUGAAUUGCGAGAGUCGCUGCCAUCGCGGUCGUUACGGCGAGAACUGCAGCAGGAGCUGCGACUGCAAGAACGAUGGGUCUUGUCACCCAGAGACUGGCAAGUGCCAGUGCGAGCGCGGCUGGUCCGGGACGGACUGUCAAUCUCCUUGUCUUCUGAACUACUAUGGUUCCAAAUGUAACCAGAACUGCCCUCCAUGCGUCCAUCGCAACGGUACGUGCGACCACAGGACGGGGGCAUGCGUGUGCUCCAGUGGGUGGAGGGGCCCUCUCUGCGACCGCUCCUGCCCACAGGGCCGCUGGGGCUUCGAGUGCACCAACGCCUGCCGGUGCCGCAACGGGGGCGAGUGCAAGCCGGAGACCGGGCUGUGCGUGUGUCAGCCCGGUUGGACUGGUGAGGACUGCUCGCAGCCCUGCGCCCCCGGCUUCUUCGGCUACAACUGCCAGCAGCGCUGCCACUGCCGCAACCACGCCUCGUGCCGCCCCUCCGACGGAUUCUGCGAGUGCCUCCCCGGUUGGAUGGGUCCUGGCUGUGCACAGAUGUGCCCUGAGGGUUUAUACGGUCUGCAGUGUCUGGGGGUCUGCAGCUGCCCCUCUGAUCAAUUCGUCUGCCACCACGUGGACGCCUGCACGUGUCGGCACGGCUUCGGAGGCGACAGCUGCGACGAGCCAUUGCCCAGCAUCAUCGCUCGCCUGGAGUUGUCACGCCAACAACACUUCGUGGUCGGCAUUACCGUAGGCCUCGUCUGCCUCAUCGUCUUGGCCAUCGUCGUGUGUGUGGUCUACCGCAGGCGGCGUGUGGAGGUACAGCGAGGUGAACGCUCCGUGGUGCAGUUCACCGCCAGCCCUCCCUCCUCCGAGGGUAUGCCGAAAACUGGAAAGAGCGACGGUCAGGAUGAUGACUUCUGGGCUGAGAUGUUGCAGGAGCAGAAACAGCGCAAGGUGGCCGACAGGGAACCCAUGCAUCACUAUGACCUGAUCAGCUCGUAGAGUUUAGACAUGAUGUCCUGCUCAGCACGUAGGCGCUUAUACUUGAUGUCCUGCUUAGCGUGUAGACGUUUAGACAUGAUGUCCUGCUCAGCAUGUAGGCGUUUAUACAUGAUGUCCUGCUCAGCAUGUAGCGUUUAUACGUGAAGUCCUGCUCAGCAUGUAGGCGCUUAUACAUGAUGUCCAGCUUAGCAUGUAGAUUGUAGACGUUUAGACAUGAUGUCCUGCUCAGUAUGUAGGCGCUUAUACAUGAUGUCCAGCUUAGCAUGUAGACGUUUAGACAUGAUGUCCUGCUCAGCAUGCAGGCGUUUAUACAUGAUGACCUGCUCAGCAUUAAUUAGAACCUUUAUUUGUGAUGACUACAAGAAAACCAGCAUAGGAAUACGAGUAAAAGUAUACAAUGAAUAUUCAGGAAUACAAGUAUUAGUACAAUUCCUAUAUAAAUACAAAUAAAUAUGAA